AUGACGUGCUCGAGCGGCAGCACGGCGGCGGUGUCGCGGCUGGCGGUGGCCUGGGGCCUGCUGGCGCUGGCCACGGUGCUCACCGCCUUCGUCACCAGCGGCUGGCUCUGGACCUGGGAGCCGCUCAACUCGGCCGCCACGGCCACCGUCACCUUCCGCAUCGGCCUCUGGCACGUCUGCCCCACCGUCUGGCGCGACAACUCCUCCCAGCCGGUGGCGUCGCCGGCGUGUUCGCUCGUUAAGUAUUCGUCUUGGGACGAGGUGAAGCACUCCGACCUGGGCUUGUGGGCGCCGCUACACUUCACGCCCAUCUUCGUCACGCGCAUGAGGCUUUCAAUGCCGUUUGAAGCUGUGGGUCUGCUACUCAUCCUAAUCGCCACGCUGUUCGCCGUGAUGGGACACUGCAGCUGUGACCACAAGAUGCUCAUCGCAUGUGGACUCUACAUCCUCGGAGGUCUGUCGCUGGGCGGGGGCCUGGUGGUGUUCGCGUCGGUGCUGAGCGACGCCUACCUGGAGCGCCCCCGCGGCACCCAGCAGGCGGCGCUGUUCGACUACCGCUACGGCUGGUCGUUCUUCGUGGCGUGCGCCUCCUUCCUGAUGUCGGAGCUGGCGGCGCUACUGUCGGUGACGGCCUACCUGCGCCGCUUCCCGUCCGUCGAGGAGAUGGUGAGCGCCGCGGUGCCCGGCGCCGAGCGGUUGGUGCGCAACCUGUGGACGAGCCCGCGCGGCCUGUACGCCAAGCGGCCGCUGCUGCUGCCCGCCCUGGCGUCGGCCGCCGUCACCGUGCCGAUCAAACUGAUGGGCCCCCAGCAGAAGGCGCCGGAGCGCCUCGAAGACACCGCCGCGGCGGGCGCGCAGCCCUCGGCGACGGCGACGCCGACGCCCACUCCGUUCCUGUUCGCGGAGCAGCUGCAGCAGCAGUUCGGAGGACAGUCGUUCCGCCCCGGCCGCUACGAGACGCUGCGGCCGCCCGCCAAGAAGAAGGCGGUGAACUGUUACCCUUUUGAGAAUAUUAUAUCAGGUGCUGGAGAAGAGGUCUGGAAAAAAUUAUUGUUUUAG